AUGCUUUCUACAUUUUCAGCUGACCCGGAGAAAAGAGCACCUUUGCGACGCCCAAGACGGAAACAGGUUGCUCGGGCGUGUGAUUGGUGCCGACUUAAUCGGACCAAGUGUGAUGAUUCCCAGCCUUGCGAGAACUGCCGCAGCCGUGGCAAUGAGUGCAGUAAUAGCAAGCGAACAGAAGUCCUCACGCUACCAGCAGCAAGCAGAGAAAUCCAACGAUUGCGAAACACCAUCAGCGAGCUACAAGCCCGAGUUGCCCGGGAUCAGGCGACCAGCAAAUACGCAACACCACCAGAAUCUGACCAUGUGGGCAUCUCGCCCCAGGAGUCUCAUGUUCCACGGUCCAUGAAUUCACAUUCACGUUCACCGACCACAGAAUGGAAGGGAAUACAGAUCCAUGAUGUUCAUGGUGGGGCAAUCUACUAUGGACCACUGUCAUCUUCGUAUUUUGGGGCUCGCAUGGGUCACUUCUUAGCUGACGCGCUAAGCAAAUACCCGGAAUCGCAGUUUCAGACUGAUACUCUGCGGCUGACCUACCCGCCUACAUUUCUGACAUGUCAAAGUGAUCAGUCAUGCUUCGAGAGUCCAGGGGGCAUCAACCUGGUGGAGAAUCUAGAGAUGGGGCCGGAUUCCUUAUCCCGGGCUGAAGAACAAUUCUUUCUGGACUUACUUUGGCAAUCUUUUCAUUGCGUCUAUCCUAUCAUCGUUGAAGGUGAUUUCCGCAAAUACUAUGAGUCUUUAUGGAGACCAGAAGAUCAAUCUAAUCGGCGUCCCUCAGCACUGGUUGAUAGCCUGCUGUCUGUUUGCAUGCAAUACGGAAGCACGUUUCUUAUUAGUGACGAUAAUGAUACACUGGGAAGCGAAGGGGGUCACCAUGCUUCAUCGGUUUCAAAAGGAAGUCAUGGGUUCUUUCGCCGGGCCCAGACCCUGCUUCUGGAUGAGAUGGAAAGGCCAUCGAUAAUGGCACUGCAGAGCCACAUAUACUGCGUUAUCUAUUUACAUAACACAUGCUUGUUAAAUGCGGCCUACAGUCUGUUAGGAACAGCUGUCAGAGUUGCCAAGUCUCUCCGGCUACACCUACCUCCUCCCGACACGUCGAUUCAGGAGGAACAAGAAUUAUACCGACGUCUUUGGCACACACUGAUUGUCCUAGACUGCCAGCUUUCCAUGUCGUUGGGUCGCCCGCCGAUUGCUCGUAUUGACGAAGUUAACUUUGAUCUACCGGGAGAUACCCAGGAACAUGCCCUUCUAUCUGGUUCAAUGCUGAUGGUCCCAAGCAACGAGGAGAUCAGCUGGCUGACCUUCCACGUGCAGUCCAUCCGACUUUUGAAAAUAGUGCAAGGUGUUCAAAGUUCUUUCUAUCAAGAAGGUGCUCGAUUACUCGAGCAGAAGAGUGCACAGAGUAUAUACGAAGAUCCGUUCUUGGUAGAAGAAUUAGCUGCAUACCUUGCUCGCGUGGUUGGAGUCGUAUACGACUGGGCACGUAAUGUACCACCAUCGCUGCAGAAUCCCCGAGACUCCGGGGAACCAUUCUCCAGCAAACGGAGUCCCAUCAGAUUCGAUACAUUCAGCCCCAUUUGGCUUCAACGACAAAGAAUUAUCCUUGAACUUCUAUACCACCAUCUUCAGCUGUCAAACUUUCGCUCAUUCCUCCGAUUUCCACCUGGACAGUCCUCCAUCACUCCGUUGUCCGACUGCCAUAGUAUCAACACCCUCAACCACGCAAUGGCUUUGACAAACAUUCUUCACCAAGUACUCACUGAAACGGACCUACUCCGCGGCUGGCACCCCGUAUUCCAGUAUCAAUGGGAAGCAGCUCUCUGUAUCCUAGGCUUUGUGCUCGCAAAUCCAGUCUGUCCCCCAACGCCCGCAGCCCGCAAGUCUAUACAAACGGCAAUCCAAUGUUUGGAAAUAAUUGGCAAGAAUUCGGCAGCGGCUGCCUCUGCAGCAAACAUAAUCCGAGAGGUAGGAAUCCAAGCUGAGGUGCUCGUUGGUAAAUUUCAUAGCAGCUUGUCGACUCGCAACCCACCAUCAAAGGAGAGAAUGUGGACUAGUGCGAAGGUGCAGAUGGUUUCAGCCCCGGGCUUGACUCCAGAGUAUCUUAGCGUGGGAGCUUGCCAGCCUGUCGAAAUUGGUGAUUUUAUGAUCAACAACAUUUCAACUGGGGAUAGUCUCCUUCCAUUUGAUACCUCUAUUUCUCCAGAUGAUAUGGGAGAUGCGGAUGCCAUACUUUCCACAAUGGGAUUGCCGUGGACAAAUGGUGAAAUGGCUUUGGGGCAAUUCUCGAUUUUUCCGGAAGGGUCGGAGUGUCUGUAG